AGAGGAUGCCAUAGCAGCAAUGGCACAGGAGGAGGUCCGAUUAAAGUUGAUGAAGAACAAUACAACGACUCCAUCUCAUCCAGCCUUCAUAGCAACCGACUAUAAGAGCAGAGAGUGCUUCAACUGCGGUGAGAAGGGUCAUUUGAUUCGUUCUUGCACGGCUCCACGUAGGAACAUGCGUGGAAGGGGGAGAGGAUAUAACCGAGGUGGAUUAAGGGGAGGCCGAGGCCGGGGAUACUCUGGUGGUCAAAGGGCAAAUGUGGCAGUCUCAGAAGAAGGAUCCUCACUCGCAACCCAAGAAGAAUCAAAGAAAAGAACAGAAAGCACAGGUGAUAAGGAUCAUGAGGAUUUUAGUUACGGCAACUUUGCUCACUUUGUAUCUACAGAUGAAGGAGAGGCAAACGGGGAAGAGGCUUGGGACUGGAACCAGGCGUAAUGGGCUAUGGUACAUGGAUCGCG